ACAUACAGUAUAUAUAAAAAACAGACUAACAAAAACAGACAUGUGAUGCUUUAAACUAAAGCAUGACAAAAAAAUAGUAACACAAGUUUAAGUCAUUGAAACUCAUAAUAAGCGGCCACCGAGCAACAUCAAACAAGAUGAGGCUUGCCGCUGCAUACGUGCCGAGCUCCCUGCAAACAGAUCAAAGGGCCGCGGACGCCCCGUGGCUCAGCGUGACGACAGAGUCCGCCGCCGCACGCGCCGCAGCUGCGCUCCAUUCACGUCGUAGCAGUCGGAUGUGGGACAGCGCUGCGGAAACGCGGCCCACUACCGCAACGGAACCCGUGUCUGUUUCUGCACACAAAUCAGCAGUUCGGACGAGGAGCGAGCACGGUUCGGCCCUCGCGUUAAAUGCGGAGCCAGACGCCGGUGUGGCGGUGACGGGGAGGCGCCUGCCCUCUCAUUAACCCCCCGUUUCCUCCACGCCUCCUCCGUUUACUCCCACAAACCGGUCAAGUCCAGGCAGCGCCGUUGACUUCACUCAGAAGUUCCUCGUUGGAGCGCGAGCACGAUGUCUGCGCUUCUGCUCAGCUGUUUUGCGCUGCUCGGACUCUCGCGGGCCCAGAUCGGGCUGCCGCCGCCGCCGUCUCUCGGCUUCAGCUCCUCGGUGCGCUCGGCGUGCAAACCCAUCCCCAGCACCAUGUCCCUGUGCCACGGCAUCGGCUACGCGCACAUGCGGGUGCCCAACCUCCUCGGCCACGACUCGCUGCGCGAGGCGCAGCAGCAGUCGGCGGCGUGGCUGCCGCUCGUCUCCAAGCUCUGCCACCGGGACACCAAGAAGUUCCUGUGCUCGCUCUUCGCGCCGGUGUGUCUGCCGGAGCUCAGCGGGCCGCUCAGCCCCUGCGGGGGCCUGUGCGAGGCCGUGCGCGACGGCUGCGUGCCCGUCAUGAGCGCGUUCGGGUUCCCGUGGCCGGAGAUGUUCAACUGCUCCCGGUUCCCGCGCGGGACCGAGCUCUGUAUCCCGGCAACCGGCGAGCAGGAGCAGAGGACGGCGGAGGAGGCGAGGCGGGAGGAGGCGCUCAAAGGCAGUGUUAUCUGCGAAGCCUGUAGCCUGGCCGCCGAAGGAGAGACAGACGUCCGGGAGCACUUCUGCCGCAGCCCAUAUGCGUUUAAGAUGCGCCUGGGCAGCGCGUCCACGGUGGGGACCGACCGGCAGCUGGUGCCCACGGCCCGUAGCCGCAUCCUGAGGUGGGCGGGUGGAGACGCAGACAGGGCAGGAGGUGGAGGUGCGGUGGCGCACAGCGCUCUGUGGCUGCACGAGGGAGGCUCCUGUACGUGCCCUGGGUUGGACUCUGCACAGGCGGCGGAGGAGGCGCAGGUAAAGAAGAGACAAGCGAAGGAGGAGGGAAAGGAAGGGAGCGCGGUCCGAGGCGCUUGGUUCCUGGCUUUGGCUCAGGCGCAGGAGGGGAGGUUGGUGCUGACUCGGCUGAUGAGGUGGACCAGGGGCGACAAGGAGCUGAAGAAGUUCAUCAGAGCACUGCUUAAACAGUCCUGUCCAGAGCUGCAGACAGGCAGAUAUUAACAGCUCCAGCCUGGAAACGCGGAUGCUGUUUGGUUGUUAUGUGUCGCCGACUGUCACAGUAUGAGGUCAAUAGAUGACACUGAGUGGGAAUUGUUUAAUGCAGUGUAAAUGGAUGUGUGCUGUACGAUUAUCCUCUAAAUCUGCAUAGCAACCACAUCCUGAUUAAUUGUUUCUGCUAAAGUGUGACAAAUGAUACAGUCAGUCACUGUCACAGGUUUGAUAAUAUUUUAACCAAGAAGCUUCUUAUCAAUGCUUUUAGAGUUUGUUUAACAAAAUAAAGAAAAUCCUAAAGUGCCGAUAAAGCCUUGUUAUAGUGUACUACCACACCUGGCGUGUAGAGGCCGCUAUGCUUCAAACUGAUGGCUUGUGCGUUUAGUGUUAUUGUGUACGUGUGUAUAUUGAGGACACAAUGGACUGACGUUACUAAACGUUUUCUAUUGAUGGAUAUUUUGGUAAAGUUUUGUUGUAGUUGUAUACCUACAUCACUUUGUAUUUCAUGAUUUGUUUUUUUUUUAAAUAAAUAAUACCCACAGUGUGGUACAUUACAUUUAGACAGGA